UUAGUAAACCCAGAAUCAAGUGUAAUUCCUAUCUGCCUCAUGACCUAAAAGUAAAGAAUAAUAGCACAGCUUCACUAACCAUUCUGCCCUGUAAAAUUUGACACAAAAAGUAAAAAGUUUCAGUCUUUGUAUUGGAGACUGGAAACACAACAUCCCCCAUCACCCCCACCAAACUUUCAGCUUAAUUACAUUCAAUAUUCAAAACUAAUUAUAAUUAUUACAUGUCUUGGUCACAACUCCAUACUUAUAUCCCCACCCCUCACAUGGGCAGAGCUCCAAAAAUUCUCGUACAUCAUUUUACUCUGUUUUUUUAUUGAUUCAUGCCUAGAAGUUGUAAUAUAAAACCAGAGUAUAGAAGUUUAGAGAAAGAGGAUUUACUUAUUUUAAAUAGCUUUUAAGCUUUGGAAAUAGUGAGAGAGUGAGCUGGUUUUCCUUAGAAUUCUCAUUCUAUGCUGGAUGGAUUUUAUGGGAAUUGCUUAUUUCCAUAAUAAGUGGAUUAAUUUUGGUUUCACAAGAAGACAACACCAAUGUACAAAAAUUCAUUCCUCAAAAAUGGCCUCUAGCUGUUGCAAAAUCUCCCAAAUCAUUUUAGUUUUUGUUUUCUUUCUGUUCUUUAUUUUCCCUGUUUGUCCAGUGGAAUCUGUAAAUUUCAAUGGCAGCAAUCAGAAUUUUCAUCCAAAGAAAGAAUCACUGAAGAUGAAGUUUAUUAGAAACCGUCUGAUGAAGAUCAAUAAGCCUUCUCUCAAGACAAUUCUGAGUCCUGAUGGUGAUCUUAUAGACUGCGUAUUAUCUCAUCAACAACCAGCUUUUGAUCAUCCUCUAUUGAAAGGGCAAAAACCAAUGGAUCUACCUGAAAGGCCAAAAGGGCAGAUUCCAACUAGCAGCAUGUUUGAAGAAAAUGUUCAGUUGUGGGCUCUGUCUGGUGAAUUUUGCCCAGAAGGCACCAUUCCAAUUAGAAGAACGAGAGAGCAAGAUUUUUUGAGGGCUAGUUCUAUACGACGAUUCGGGAGAAAAAUACGAAGGCCUAUUCGAAGAGAUUCUUCGAGCAACGGUCAUGAGCAUGCUGUAGGGUAUGUGAGUGGAGACCAAUAUUAUGGAGCAAAAGCAAGUAUAAAUGUGUGGGCACCAAGAGUUGUAAAUCAAUAUGAAUUCAGCUUAUCUCAAUUGUGGGUAAUUUCUGGUUCAUUUGGCGAUGAUCUCAACACCAUUGAAGCUGGUUGGCAGGUCAGCCCGGAGCUGUACGGGGACAACUAUCCUAGGUUCUUCACAUACUGGACUAGUGAUGCAUAUCAAGCAACAGGCUGUUACAAUUUGCUGUGCUCAGGAUUUGUUCAGACUAACAAUAGAAUAGCAAUUGGGGCUGCAAUUUCUCCAAUUUCUUCAUAUAAUGGUGGCCAAUUUGAUAUUAGCUUAUUAAUAUGGAAGGACCCAAAGCAUGGAAAUUGGUGGCUAAAGUUUGGCAAUGGGGAUUUGGUGGGUUAUUGGCCAUCUUUUUUGUUCACACACCUAAGAGAUCAUGCAAGUAUGGUACAAUUUGGUGGAGAAGUUGUGAAUAAUAGGGCCUCAAAUUCCCACACAUCAACACAAAUGGGCAGUGGACAUUUUGCAGGAGAAGGGUUUGGAAAAGCAUCUUAUUUUAGAAAUCUUCAAGUGGUUGAUUGGGAUAAUAGUUUAAUCCCAUUAUCAAAUCUUAGGGUUUUGGCUGAUCGUCCAAAUUGCUAUAAUAUUCAAGGGGGAAUCAAUAGGGUUUGGGGAAAUUAUUUUUAUUAUGGAGGGCCAGGAAGAAAUUCAAGAUGUCCUUGAAAAGAUUGGGUAUAUGGGUGAUUUUCCUUUUCCUUUUCCUUUAUUUUAUUUUUAUUUUUUUGACCUUUUUUGGGAGCUUUUAUUUUUUUCAAGGUCGUUCCUAGCGUUGUUAUUCUUUUGAUUGAUAUCGUUCAAUCUAACAAGUGAUCCAUUAAUUAUACCACCUUUAGGGCAUUGUAAAAUUGAUAAAUGAAAUAGUGAAUAUAUUGUGCUUUCGUGUUUGUUUC